AGAUGCACUGUCCUGCCUCCUCUGACUGACACUCACACAGGACUCACUGGAUCAAACGUCAAAGGAUCUAUUUGUGCUGCGCUCCUCACCUUCAUGGACAGCUCGGGAUUUCCUCGGGCUGCAUGAUUACAGGCGCAUCAGAGGCGCUUUCGCUUAAACUUGAAAAGUAAAUCGUUUACAUGCCGCGAGUUUUGCGUAAAGUGCACUUAUUUGUUGUUCUCGUUGUAAUGAAGGAAAUGCAGGUAGUGCAUGUACUUGUCAGCGGUGUCAGUCUGAAAAAAACCUUGGACAUUUCUUUCUGCUUCUGAGCAGCAACAGAUCUUGUAAUUUGCCAGUUGACCUGUUCAUCAUAUGUUGCGAGUCACAGUGUGGAUACAAACGCAGGACUUUACACAUUUGAGCUGGAAAACCUGAUAUUAUUCUAUAUACACUUAUUUUUAAUCACUUUUUUACUGAGGCUAUAAACAUGAGACUCAUACCUUCACGGUUGAGUUAUCUAUUCCUUCACCUCUUUGCGUUUUGCUACUAUGCUCAGGUAACCAUUCAGUCCCCGCCUAAUUUUACACAGCAUGUGAGUGAGCAAAGUAAGGUGACGGACCGGGUGAGCCGUAGACUAAUCCGGACCUACCAGCUUUACAGCCGAACCAGUGGCAAGCACGUGCAAGUUCUGGCCAACAAGAAAAUCAACGCCAUGGCCGAAGAUGGCGACGUUCAUGCCAAGCUUAUAGUAGAGACGGACACAUUUGGGAGUCGAGUUCGAAUUAAAGGAGCUGAAACAGGCUUUUACAUCUGUAUGAACAGGAGGGGGAAACUGAUUGGCAAGAAAAAUGGUCUGGGAAAAGACUGCAUUUUCACAGAGAUAGUCCUGGAGAACAACUACACGGCUCUGCAGAAUGUGAAGUACGAAGGCUGGUACAUGGCCUUCACGCGUAAAGGUAGACCCCGCAAGGGCUCCAAAACCAGGCAACACCAGCGGGAAGUCCACUUCAUGAAGAGGUUGCCCAAGGGACACCAAAUCGCAGAGCACAGACCCUUUGAUUUCAUCAACUACCCUUUCAACAGACGGACUAAACGCACCCGCUACUCAGGAGAGCGUUGAAGAGUGAAGCCAGAGAAAAGGAGAGGACCGAAAGCCAGAGACUUUCUCAAACAAUGAACUCCUCUUGUGGACUUCUUAACAAAUUUUUGUACUGAGCAACAAUAUACCUAACCUUUAGUUUUUUAUGAAUUUUCAGAAAUAACAAAAAUAAGGAGAGAAAAAAAGUCUCAAGAAAAAAAAGAGAUCUAUUUUUGUACCCCUGACUUUUAGUACUGACCUGUGUAAGAUUAUAGGUAAGCGAAGCACAGGAUGUGUAAGCGCUGACAUUUUAGUAGUACGUGGACUUCAUCCGUCUAUCCUCUCUCGUUCUGCUUUGAUUUCGAUGGUUUCCGAGUAAUUUAUAACUCUUCGUAUUGCUGCUCAAGGGGACUUGAAGGGCCUGAGAGAGAAUGCACUGACAACACAAGGCUGUAUUCGGUUACACAGGCAGCAGCCGGGGCACCUCUCGACCACCCAGCGAUAAGAUACCCAGCUCAUCUCUCAGUAACCUCUCUGGUUCUUGAUUCUGGAACUCUCUGGAGAUAAACACGGUUAAAGCAAACAGAGCUUUAAAUACAUAUUUAAAUGUGGCAGCUACAUUUUUGAUUAUCGCAGGUUUCCUACCGUGGUUUAAACUGUAAAUUCCCAGGUGUAUAAAUGCAUUGUAUGGACUGUAGGAAAAAGCUUUUGUUCUUUGUUGCAUUUUGUUUGUCUGUUUUUUUAUACAAAUAUAAAUAUAUUUUUAUUUGAGGAUGUGUAAAAUAAUUUUAAUGAUGAAAAUAUUUAUUUAAAAACCUGUAAUAAAUUUACCUUAGGAUACUGAUGUCUUUUGCUUAAUAUGUUCCUGAUUCAGAAUUGCUUUCCAAGCAUUCUUUGUUCUGUGGAACAAAAUGAAAAGUACAUUUUAAAAAAACACAAUGAAAGUCUAUGGGGUCCAAAAUUUUGACAUUGAUUAUAUGGUCAAUCACAGAGAAAUGCUUCAAGAUUUCUUCAUUUGUUUUCCAAAUAUGAAAGAAAGUGUUUCUUUCCAUCAUUAAGCCUAAAUGAAGAUCUAAGAUUCUA